CUCCGCACUAUCCGCUAACUAUUCGCAAUCGACCGACGUCUUGGUUGUUGGACUUGGGUUAUAAUGACUUGACUUCUGCUAAAUGAACCCGUGGACUAGUAUAAGUUUAUCGCAGUGGCGUAUUUUUUUUUUUAUUAGGCGAGUGCCGAAGCAAUCGCUCCCAUACGAUAAGGACUAAUAGCGUCGAGUGAGAGUUUUUUCGUGCGUUGUGCUGCUGAGGCGGCGUGAUGGAGAAACAGUCCAGGUGGUCGGAGCAGCGCUCCGAGCAGCGCAGCGAGCAGCGCGUGCAGCAGCACUCCGAGCGGCGCGAGCAAGUCGUGCAGCAGCAGGAGCGCGUGCAGCGCACCGAGCAGCACUACACACACCAGAUGCUUUCACAGCAAGUUGAAAGUGCUGGUGGCGAACGCAUACCGAUCACUUCAGGAAGACCUGGAGAUUUAUCUCCACCGAUUUUCGAGCAGAUAUUUAAGAAUGCAAGAUUUGCGCAAGGUGGCAACGCUAAAUUUGAAGGAAAACUUAGAGGAAACCCAACGCCUGUUGUGUCAUGGACCAGAAAGAAGGCACCGUUGGUAGAAUGCAACAAAUACAGCAUGAGUUACAAUGAGCAAACUGGCGAUGUAUCUCUGCUCAUUAAACAGAUAGGACCUGGUGAUGAAGGAGAAUACACAUGCACAGCGCGAAACCAAUAUGGUGAAGCGAUUUGUUCAGUUUAUAUUCAACCCGAAGGUGUACCAGUGACCACCCAUCAAGCUUCACAGCAGCAAAGCUACAAGCAUGUUAGUGAAAGCGUUGAGCACAAAUCUUAUGGAACACAAGAAUAUUCAACCGAACAGUCUCGUCAAUCUCACAGGUACGCUUAUACAAAUGGUUCCGAUAUUUCAUCUACAGAAGAUUUCAAGGUUGACACUUUUGAAUAUAGACUAUUGAGAGAAGUUUCUUUUAGAGAAACGAUUACUAAGAGAUUCAUUGGUGAAACUGAUAUUCAUAUAAACACAGAAGUUGACAAAUCUUUGGGACCAGUGUCGCCACCAAAAAUAUUUCAAAAACCUAGGAAUUCUAAACUACAGGAAGGUGCCGAUGCACAGUUUCAAGUGCAAGUGUCGGGUAAUCCUCGACCUCGUGUAACGUGGUUUAAAAAUGGCCAGAGAAUAGUUAACUCAAACAAACAUAACAUUAUAAAUACAAAUAAUCAAACGAUCCUUAGAAUAAGAAAUACGCAAAAGUCUGAUUCUGGUCACUACACUCUUUUAGCUGAAAACCCCAAUGGAUGUAUUGUUACUUCUGCGUACCUUGCUGUAGAAUCUCCUCAAGAAACAUACGGACAAGACCAAAAGUCACAGUAUGUAAUUGAUACUCAACAAGUAGAGACUGAAAGAAUAGAAGUAAGUGAAAAAGCCCUUGCUCCGCAAUUUGUAAAAGUCUGCCAAGACCGUGAUGUAACUGAGGGAAAAAUGACGCGAUUCGAUUGCCGCGUCACAGGCAGACCUUAUCCAGAAGUCACGUGGUUCAUUAACGAGAAACAAAUUCGAGACGAUUAUAAUCAUAAGAUUUUAGUAAACGAAUCUGGUAAUCAUGCGCUUAUGAUUACGAAUGUUGACCUUAGUGAUAGCGGUGUGAUAACUUGUGUAGCACGAAACAAAAGUGGAGAAACAUCUUUUCAAUGCCGAUUGAACGUAAUAGAAAAAGAGCAAGUGGUAGCUCCGAAAUUUGUUGAACGUUUUAGUACUUUGAACGUGAGAGAAGGAGAACCUGUUAUACUGAAAGCGCGAACAGUCGGCACACCUACACCGCGAAUCACAUGGCAGAAGGACGGCGCUCCGAUUAUACCCAAUCCAGAGCUACGAAUAAAUACCGAAGGUGGAGCCUCGACAUUGGACAUACCUAGAGCCAAGGCGUCGGAUGCGGCAUGGUAUCAGUGUACUGCACAAAAUGUCGCAGGCUCCACAGCCACUCGGGCGAGGCUUUAUGUAGAAGUACCAAAAGAGCCCCCACCUGAGCAAAAACGUCUGCACUUACCGCGGCCUACGAAAAUUAUUGAGCCAGAGCCCGCGCCUGGACCAGAAGUGAUAUACUUAAGGCACGUGGAAAGAGCACGACCAUACGUUCCUCCGGGUGAAGAAGACCGCGUUUAUCCUCCACCACAGUUCAUAGUGCCACUAAAAAGUGUAACACAAAUGGAAGGCGGUAAAAUUCAUUUUGAAACGAGAAUAGAACCGGUCGGAGACCCAACGAUGAGAAUUGAGUGGUUAAAAAAUGGACAAAGUAUUGAAGCCAGUUCAAGAUUUACUUCAGUAUUCCGUUUCGGAUAUAUUUCUUUAGACAUGCUCAGUCUUAAUAUUCAAGAUAGUGGUGAAUAUACAUGCCGGGCAGUAAGUGCUACUGGGUUGGCAGAAACCAAAGCAAUGUUGCAAGUGACUCCAAGAUCGACCAUUGAAAGAGCAAGUCAACAUCCAGAAAGCUUACAAUAUAUUCAGCAAUUAGAAGACUACUCCAAAUAUCAACAUCAGGAGUCUAUUGAAGAACAAAUAUCACAAAGACCACAAUUCAUAAGACCAUUACAAGAUCUUGGGGAAUUACAAGAAGGCCGGAAUGCACAUUUUGAAGCGCAACUUACUCCAGUUAGUGACCCUACUAUGAGGGUCGAAUGGUACAAAGAUGGCAAGUCUAUUACAGCCAGCUCGCGAAUCACAGCAAUCUUCAACUUCGGCUACGUCUCCCUUAACAUCAUGCACCUACGGGCUGAAGAUGCAGGUUCGUAUACAGUGAGAGCUGUUAAUAGGUUAGGCGAAGCUGUCAGUACCGCAUCGAUCCAAGUAGCUGCUAGAAGUACGGUUACGGCUGACCUUGGUAUACCUGAACAACGUAGAUACAUAGAGAAGACUGAGCAGCUGGAAGCUUAUCAACAACAACAGCAUCAAAAGUACUAUCAGGAAAUACCAGAUAGUACCCAGAGACCAGAAUUUAAAACACCGAUCAAAGAUCAAAUAAACAUAAAAGAAGGCGGUUUUGCGCAUUUUGAAGCUCGCCUUGAACCAAUAGGCGACUCCACACUUAGAGUGGAAUGGUUAAAAGAUGGACGUCCAGUUGAAGCUAGUUCACGAAUUACUACGUUCUUCAAUUUCGGAUAUGUAGCUUUAACUAUAAAGUCUGUAACUAUUCAUGAUGCCGGUCACUACACAUGUCGAGCCUAUAAUGCACUUGGUCAAGCUGCUACCAGUGCCAAUCUGACUAUAGUUACAAGAAAAGAUAUUAUAGCUGAAUCACAGCAUCCUGGUGGACUAGAAAAAAUUCAGUACUUAGAAGAUUCUAGUAAGUAUUCGAGACGAACGGACGAAGAUGUUAGAAUUACCCAAAAACCUAGAUUCCUUGGUCCUUUGAAAGGAACGAAUAAGAUUGUAGAAGGACAAAGCGCGCAUUUUGAGGCAAGAGUAGAGCCACAAAAUGAUUUGACAAUGAAUGUCGAAUGGUAUUUCAAUGGAAAGCAAAUUAAAUCGGCUAAUCGAAUCCAAGCUUAUCACAAUUUCGGCUAUGUUGCUUUAGACAUUACUAGUGUUCGUGCUGAAGAUGCUGGCGUAUAUACGGUGGUAGCGCGUAAUGCUGCUGGAGAAGCACAACUCAGUGCUUCUAUGUUGGUUGAAACCCGCUCUAGUAUUGAUACUUCAAGUAUACAUCGUGGCCUGUACGAAAAAACACGACAAAUAGAAGAAUCAAAAUUCGUUGAACCAAUGUAUCAUAUUGAAGAAAUUUCAAAAUCAAAGCCGGUUUUUGUACAACCCCUGUCGGAUCCCCAACCUGUUUCCGAAGGUAAAAAUAUUCACCUCGAGUGUCGACUGGAACCUAUGGGUGAUCCUACAAUGAGAGUUGAAUGGUUCCAUAAUGGAAGAGCAGUCACAGUAGGAUCUCGAUUUAGGACUUACUACGAUUUUGGCUUUGUAGCAUUGGAUAUUAUACAUGCUACUUCGGUUGAUUCAGGUGAAUAUACUGUUAGAGCAGUAAAUCAUUUGGGGUCAGCGCACACAUCAGCAAUGGUGAGAAUUAUUGAAAGAUCAGAUAUCUUAACUGACACUCAAAAUGAGCAAGCUGUGGAACAAAUUCAAAUGCUAGAAGAUGCGAGCCGUCGUAAUAAGCACGUGCAAGAAGAUAUAACUGUCAUGCAAGCACCACAAUUUUCAAGGGCGUUGCAUAAUAUUGAAACCGUAGAAGGUACUAAUGUACACUUAGAAUGUCGACUACAACCAGUCGGAGAUCCUACUAUGAAAGUAGAAUGGUUCUGCAAUGGUAGACCGAUUAAAACAGGUCACAGGUUUAGACCAGCUUACGAAUUUGACUAUGUCGCCUUGGAUCUUUUAAGCGUAUAUCCAGAAGACUCCGGGGUAUAUACAUGUCAAGCAACAAAUCAAUUAGGAGAAGCUGUCACAUCUUGUGCCUUGCGAGUAAUGGCAAAGAAAGACUUAAUUUUUGAAUCACAGCAUCCUUCUGGCUUAGAAAAAAUUCAAUAUUUAGAAGAUACUUCUCGUUAUAAAAAAUCAGAUGUUGUUGAUGAAUUUAUAAGCAUCAAACCACGAUUUAUAACAAAGCCAAAGUCAAUUGACAGUGUUAAAGAAGGUAACCACGUUCACUUUGAAUGUAAGCUUGAACCAGUUACUGACUCAAAUCUAAAAGUUGAAUGGUUUAAAAAUGGCCAACCAGUUACAAUUGGUCACAGAUUUAGACCAAUACACGAUUUUGGAUACGUAGCCCUUGAUAUAAUAGAUCUGAUAGCCGAAGAUUCAGGUAUUUAUACAUGUAGAGCUGUUAACCUUGUCGGCUCCGAUGAAGUAAAUUGCAAACUAACGUGUCGGGAAACGGCUGACAUUAUAAGAGCUACUCAGAAUGAAGUAGGUUUAGAGCAGAUUCAAGUUUUAGAAGACAGAUCAAAAUAUCAUAGAACUGAUAUUAUUGAUGAAAUAACCACUCAAGCGCCCAUAUUUACAACAUCAUUGAAAAAUGUCGAAAUCAAAGAAGGACAACGAGCCCACUUUGAAUGUAGACUCAUUCCUGUUUCUGAUGCAACAAUGAAAGUAGAAUGGUAUCAUAAUAAUAAGCCUCUAAAAAGUGGUUCUAGAUUUACGGAGACAAACAACUUUGGUUUUGUUGCACUCGACAUUAUGUCUUGUUUGCCAGAAGACUCGGGUACAUACACCUGUAGAGCAAUCAAUGCUCUUGGUGAAGCUGUAACAUCGGGUACUGCAAUAGUACAUUCGAAGAAAUCAAUUUACCUGGAGUCCCAGCAUGAAGGUGCUUUACCAAGACUAACACAGCUAGAAGAUUCCACAAGACAUCAAAGGCAAUCGACGCAAGAAGAACUAGUGACUCAAGCGCCUGUUUUUACUUUGCCCAUGAAGGACAUACGAGUUGCAGAAAAUCAAGCAGUUCACUUCGAAGCUAGACUUAUUCCAGUAGGUGAUCCUAAAUUAAGAGUUGAGUGGUUAAGAAAUGGAGUUUCUAUUGAAGCUUCAAAUCGCAUCACUACCAUGCAUGACUUUGGCUACGUUGCUCUCAACAUGAAGUAUGUGAAUCCCGAAGACUCGGGUACCUACACCUGUCGAGCAAUAAAUGAACUUGGAGAAGCUGUUACAUCGUCUACCCUCUUCGUUCAAUCUAAAGCAUCUUUACAAUUAGAAACAGUACAUGAAACUGCCUUGCAAAAAAUACGACAGUUAGAAGAUACAUCCCGCUAUCAACGCAGGGAAGAAGUCGAGGUUGCUGUAAAUCAAGUUCCUCGAUUUAUUACACAAUUAAAUGGUCCUUCUAAAUUAGUCGAAGGGCAAAGUGCACAUUAUGAAUGUAGAAUAGAACCCUAUCCCGACCCAACAAUGCGAGUCGAAUGGUACUUCAAUGGGAAAGUCUUACAAAGUGGGCAUCGUUAUCGCACGGCUUAUGAUUUUGGCUUCGCAGCCCUUGAUAUUCUGACAGUAUACGGAGAAGAUUCUGGUGAAUAUACUUGUAAAGUUAUAAAUAACUUAGGUCAAGCUGCAUCAUCUAUCAAACUAAAUGUUCAAUCAAAAGAAUCAAUUAUUAGAGAUACACAGCAUGAGAGUGCUUUGGAAAAAAUUCAAUAUCUUGAAGAUGAUAGUAGAUACAAGCGAGUGGUCCGAGAUGAGGGUUUUAUUGCCGAGAAACCUCAAUUUGGAAAACCUCUUAAAAAUGUACACGUUGCGGAAGGACUACCGAUACAUCUAGAGGCCACCUUAACACCCGUUAAUGAUCCUACAAUGCGAGUCGAAUGGUAUUGUAAUGGAAGACCUAUUCAACAAGGCCACCGAUUUAAGACUACUUAUGACUUUGGUUAUGUCGCGUUGGAUGUUUUGUAUGCUUAUGCAGAAGAUUCUGGAACUUACAUGUGUAAGGCGACAAAUGCAGUCGGUGAAGCAGUAACAACCAGUUCUGUGAAUGUGGAUGCCAUGGCUACUUUAUAUCUGGAAACAUUAGAUGAACAACGCUUGAAAAAAAUCAAAGAACUCGAGCAAUACGAAAGACCAAAAGCUGUCGAAGAAGAUAAACCCGGUCAACGACCUGUGUUCUUAACUGCUUUAACUAGUCUAGAGAACCUUAAAGAAGGUGACCGUGCUCACUUUGAAUGUAGAGUAGAGCCUAUCAAUGAUCCUGAUCUCAAAAUUGAGUGGUUCCUUAAUGGUAAAAAAAUAAAGACAGGUCACAGAUUUAGAACAACACAUGACUUCGGAUAUGUCGCAUUGGAUAUAUUAUAUUCUUACGCUGAAGAUUCUGGAACGUACAUGUGUAAAGCCACUAACAAACUCGGAGAAGCAGUUAAUACGUGCACGUUGAAGGUUGCAAGUCAUCGAAAUAUUAUCUUAGACACUCAACAUCCUAAUGGCCUUGAGAAAAUAAGACAACUAGAGGCCCAAGGUCAUCAAGCAAGAAUAGAAGUUGAAGAGCCUAAGAUUUCACCACCAAGAUUUGUAACGGAACUCAGGGGAACAACCCAUGUUUUUGAGGGUCAAACGGCACAUUUUGAAUGCCAAGUUGAACCAGUACACGACCCUAAUUUACGCAUUGAGUUCUAUCACAACGGUAAAGCAUUGCAAUCUGCAUCACGGUUCCAUAUAACUUUUGAUUUUGGUUAUGUGUCAUUGGAUAUACAGCACUGUGUCCCGGAAGACGCAGGUGAAUAUUCUGUAAAAGCGAUUAAUGCUCUUGGUCAGUGCACUUCAUCGAUAUCCAUGACAGUAACCGCAAAAGGUAGUAUUAUAUCGGAAUCUCAACGUCCAGAAGGUCUCGAGAAAAUUCGAGAGUUAGAAUCAGCAGAACCAUUUAAAAGGCCAGAAAUACCUGAGCCCGUUACUAGGCAAAGACCUGUCUUUACUCAGCCUCUGCAAAAUAUCGAUAAUAUUCAAGAGGGACAGACUGCUCACUUUGAUUGUCGACUUAUUCCUGUUGGAGAUCCAACUCUCAAAGUUGAAUGGUUCAGAAAUGAAAAACUAAUAGAGGACAGUUCAAGAAUAACCAAAACACAUGAUUUUGGAUAUGUUUCUAUGACUAUUUCUCACGUGCGUGAUGAAGAUGAAGGAGUUUAUAUGUGUAGGGCAUCGAAUUUACUAGGAGAAGCAGUUACAACAGCUGCAAUGAAAAUAAAAACAAAAGCAUCGAUCCAAAUGGAUACACAACAUCCUGAAGGAAUGAAGAAAAUUCAAAAAUUGGAAGAACCCUUGUCAAGAAAAGCCGAGGAACCAGAAAGAGAAUUUGAGAAACCAAUCUUCACUCAGGUUUUGACCGGGCCAUCUGAAUUAUGGGAGGGACAACACGCUCAUUAUGAGGCUCGAGUAGUUCCUGUUGGAGACCCCAGUCUGCGAUUUGAAUGGUAUAUAAACGGCGUUGAACUUAAAAUGGGUUCGCGAUUCCGCACUACUCACGAUUUCGGUUUUGUUACGCUGGACAUCAAUUCAGUUGUUGCACAAGAUGCAGGAUUAUAUAUGUGUAAGGCUAUAAAUAAGGCAGGCAGCACUGUGUCUUCUACUUCGCUAAAAGUAAAAACAAAAUCAACAAUUAUUGAUGAAGCCUUGAGACCUGAAUCAUGGCAAAAAAUUCAAUUGAAAGAGGCAGCAAUGAACAAAGUGCCAGAAAUGUUUAUAGAUACUAGUGUUCAACAGGCUCCCAUAUUUACCACCCACCUUAAAAGCUAUGAUAAGCUUGUUGAAGGGCAACAUGUUUAUUUAGAAGCCCAAGUUGAGCCACGGACGGAUCCUAACUUAAGAAUUGAGUGGUUUAAGAAUGGAAUAUCAUUAACCACUGGAUCAAGGCUAAAGAGUACUUUUGACUUUGGCUUAGUAACGCUCUCUAUCAACUCCUUACGAAUUGACGAUUCGGGUAUAUAUACAUGCAAAGCUACAAACUUAAUGGGUGAAGCAGUUUCCACCGCUUCGAUUAAAAUUGAAGACCGUCAUUGGCUGCUCGGUGAAUCAUUACACCCUCAGUCCUUAGACCGUAUAGGAGCACUGGAACAACCUAAACCAAGUAAGCCUGAGUCACCAGAACCAGUUUAUGAGACUCCUGUUUUUAUUUCACAUCUUAAUAACAUAAUAUGCAAGGAGGGUGAUAAUAUACACUUUGAGUGCAAUGUCGAACCAUCUAGAGACCCGACACUUAAGAUUGAAUGGUUCUUUAACAACAAACCUUUGCCGUCUGGGACUAGAUAUAAGAGUACGCAUGAUUUUAGCUAUGUGUCAUUGGACAUUACGCACACGUAUGAAGAAGAUUCUGGUAUUUUUACAUGUAAAGCUACUAAUAGCAAGGGAUCUGCGACUACGUCAGGUUCUUUGAGGUGUACCGGAGAUAAACACAUUUAUUUGGAUACUCAACAUCCACAAGGCAAAGCUGGUUUAGAAGCUGUUGAACAAGCAGAAGAAGCAAGACUCUCUAAAACAAGAAGAACAUCUGUUCCAGAUGUUGAAUAUCCGAAACCUGAAUGGGUGGUACCAGUGGCUGCUGAACAUCAGUUAAUUGAGGGACAGGCUCUUCACCUCGAGGGCCAAGUUGAACCCAAGAACGAUCCUGACUUAAAGAUUGAAUGGUAUUUUAAUGGCAAAGUUUUAGAACAAGGUUCACGAUUUAAGCUUACGAGUGAUUUCGGUUUUGUAACCUUAGAUGUAACCGACGUAUAUGAAAGGGACAGUGGAAUUUAUACAUGCAAAGCUUAUAAUAAAAAAGGAGAAGCGUUUACCUCUUCUACUAUUUAUUGUACUAGUAAAGAAAACCUUAUUGAAAGAACGCAACAUCCAAAAGGUAAAGAAGGCUUGGAAAAAAUACAAAAUCUAGAAGAAUCUCUUCGCAGGGAGCCUGGACAGAAGCCCGAAGAUGAUACAGGAAGACCACCCGAAUUUGUUACCCUUUUCCAAGACAUUACUGAUAUUAGUGAAGGUCAGAUUGCCCACUAUGAAGCAUCUUUGAUACCCACUGGCGACCAGAGUAUGGUUAUCGAAUGGUUUUAUAAUGGUAAAUCAAUUGAGGCUAGUCAUAGGAUACGUACAGUAUAUGCUUUUGGAAUGGUGGUUCUUGAAAUUUUGGGUACAAAAACUUCUGAUUCUGGAGUAUACUCAUGCCGUGCUACAAAUAAAUGGGGUCAAGCCGAAAUAAACGUUAAACUGGAAUGUGUAGACAAAAGCAAAGGACAAAAGCCUAAGUUUACUACACAUAUACAGAAUAUUGAAGGUCUUAAAGAUGGCCAGUCCGCACACUUUGAGUGUACUGUAAUUCCAGUUGAUGACCCGGACAUGAAGAUUGAGUGGUAUCAUAAUGGCCAGCCGUUACGUCAUUCUACAAGAAUUAAAACUAUUUCUGAUUUCGGUUUUGUAGUCCUUGAUAUUGCGUAUACCCAGAACCAUGACACCGGAGAAUAUAUUUGUCGUGCUUAUAACAAAUAUGGGGAAGAUUUCACUAAAGCUACUAUAAAUUGCUAUGGAAAGGGUGGAGUUUAUUCAGAUAGCUUACAACCUGAAUCUCUAGCAAAGAUCAGAGAACUAGAAAGCUUGCAAGGUAUGCAACAACACGUACCAGCAUUGGCUUCGGCUGAACCACCUAAAUUUAUUACACAGAUACAAGACAUUACAAAACUUGUUGAAGGACAAAGCGCACACUUCGAGGCAAGGCUGGUUCCAGUAGAUGAUCCCGAUCUUAAGGUUGAAUGGUUCUACAAUGGGAAAAAAUUACCACACGGGCACAGAUAUAGGACUUUCCAUGACUUUGGGAUAGUUAUAUUAGACAUUCUGUAUUGUUAUGAAGAAAAUUCAGGAGAAUACGAGUGUGUCGCGACUAACAAAUUGGGCCGAGAUUCAACAAAAGCUACUCUUAAAUGCACUUCAAAAGAGAAUUUGAUUCUGGACUCGCAACUACCGCGGGGCAUGGAAGGUGGCUUACAGAAAUUACAAACACUAGAAGAUUCUAUGAUACGCAGAAAGGAAACUGAAAUAGAAGAAAAACGUGGAAAAGCACCCGUUUUUACAGUUCCCUUAUCCAACAUUGAGAAUCUGAGAGAGGGCGAGAACGCUCAUUUCGAGGCUCGCUUAACGCCGACUGAUGACCCCAAUCUUAAAGUGGAGUGGUAUUGGAAUGGAAAAUCUUUGAAGGCUGGGUCUAGAUUCAGAACAUUUUGCGAUUUUGGUUUUGUAAUACUUGAAAUAUCACCAACUUAUCCCGAAGACUCUGGUGAAUAUUUAUGUAGGGCAUAUAACAAUUACGGCGAAGCAGUCACCACAGCUGCAAUGAAAGUACAAGGAAAGAGAAACAUUAUUUUAGAGUCACAAUUACCAAAAGGUAUGGAAGGCACCAUCGACAAAAUAGCUGCCCUGGAAGGGUACACUGGUACUGUAGACUCAUUAACACCAGAAGCGGAAAGUGGUAAUCCCCCAGAGUUUACCACGACGCCGUCUGAUCUCAUACUAUCGGAAAAUUCAUCUGCUCAUUUCGAAUGUCGUUUGAUUCCUGUCAAUGACUCCAGCAUGAUAGUUGAAUGGUUCCAUAAUGGCAAACCCCUUUUAACUGGAUCGAGGGUAAAGACGAUAAAUGAUUUUGGAUUCGUUAUAUUAGAGAUUGGCGGUGUAUAUCAACGCGACGCUGGCCUUUACACUUGUAAGGCAACAAACCGACACGGUGAAGCAACGGUGUCUUGUAAACUUCAGGUCAAAGGUAGACAAGGUAUUAUUCUUGAGCCACAGUUGCCUUCUCAUUUUAAAUCUGGUACCGAAAGUAUACAAAAACUAGAAGAAACGCUACACAAACGUGACGAAAUUACUAUUGAGGAUGAAAAACCAAAUCCUCCUAGAUUUACUGUUGAAAUUAAGGAUAAUCUUGAUGUAAACGAAGGAGGACCUAUUCAUUUCGAUUGCCGUGUUGAACCUGUUGGUGAUCCCACUAUGAGAAUUGAUUGGUUUUAUAACGGCAGACCUUUUGCGACAGGAUCUCGUGUACAUAUGCUGAACGAUUUUGGAUUUAUUGCUUUGGACAUAGAUUAUAUAUAUACUAGAGAUGCUGGCGAAUACACUUGCCGUGCUACAAACAAGUGGGGUUCAGCAACUACUACUGCUAAAGUCACAUGCAGUUCUAAGCGUGAUAUUAUCUUAGAAUCUCAGUUACCACAAGGUAUGAGUGGAGAGAAAAUAAAAGAACUGGAAAAAGGGCGCAUCAGCGACGCUCCUAAAGAAGAAACUGUAGUUAAUUCACCACCUAAAUUCAUUACUCAAAUUCAAUCACACACUAUAGAAGAAUCUGAGUCUGUGCGUUUUGAAUGCCGAGUUGAACCAAAACAAGAUCCUAAACUGCGAAUUGAGUGGUAUAGAAACGGUAAACUUUUACCUUCUGGUCAUAGAUUCCGAACGGUGUAUGAUAUGGGCUUUGUUUCACUUGACAUUUUAUACGUUUAUGCUGAAGAUUCAGGGGAAUAUGUUUGCCGUGCUGUCAAUGACUUUGGAGAAGAUUUCACUAAAGCGACUGUAUCUUGUAAACAACUCCCAGAUAUUAUUUUACAAAAUCAAGUACCGAAAGGCAUGAAGAAAUCCGAAGCAUUAACUCAAAUGGAGGCAACUAUUAAGAAAUAUACCUCGGAAGUAUUUUUAACAGAAGAAGAUCUCUUUGACGUCGAUAAGAAACAACCACCUCGGUUUGUAACACAAAUCCAAAGUCAAACUACCUUGAUUGAAAUGGAAUCGACCAAAUUUGAAUGUCAGCUAGCGCCCGUUGGAGAUCCUAAUAUGAAAGUUGAAUGGUUCUUUAAUGGCAAACCUUUGUUACACAAAAAUCGCUUUACACCGAUUUAUGACUUUGGUUACGUUGCAAUGAACUUCGGCUGGGUAUAUCCGGAAGACAGCGGUGAAUAUCUUUGUCGAGCAACUAAUUUGUAUGGUAUGGAUGAAACCAGAGCGGUUAUUAAAACUACUGGUAAGCCAGGCAUUGUGUAUGAUUCUCAGUUGCCUAAGCAUAUGAAGAGUAUUGAAAAAAUACGGGAAAUGGAAGCUUCUUGGCAAGUUGGGCCUGAACAAGCUGUGGAAGAAACUAAGCCCCGAUCAGCUCCAGUAUUCGUAAGCCGUCCGGAACCAGUUACAGUAGAGGAAGGAGAAUGGGCACGUUUUUGCUGUCGUGUGACUGGCCAUCCGAAACCUCGAGUGAUGUGGCUCAUCAAUGGAAAUACCAUUGUGAACGGCUCUCGAUACAAGCUGACGUAUGACGGAAUGUAUCACCUUGAUAUACCAAAAACCAGGCAGUAUGAUACAGGCAAAAUCGAAGUUAUUGCUAGAAGUUCAGUAGGGGAGGCUUUAGCAACCACCGAGUUAAAAGUUAUUCCGAGACACGAUGAUUAUAGAGGUGUUCUCAAAAACGCACCAAGGCCUUGGUAUGAUGAAACAACUCAAUAUCAACGAUCCGAAACUGAGUUGGAAAAAACAUUCGAAGAAAGGCAAACUAUGCAACGUCAGGGUGUUAUUGAUCAUAGACCUGAGUUGAAGCCAAAACUUAUUAAGGAUGCUGAAACGGAGUGGCAACAGACAGUAAAGAAAAAGAAGAGUGAGGAAUAUUACAACAAAUUGCAGGAACUUGAAAAUGAACAAAUUGUUAAAGAGAGUCGGUUGAGGGAGUCUUCCCGUCAAUAUUCCAUUCCUGGAGAGAAAGUUACAAGUUCUUCCGUCGCUAGAAGUAUGGCACAGAAAUAUGAAGACAAAUUGGAUCAAACAGAAGAAAUUGUUGAAAAUCAAACUCAAAAGAAAGUACAAAAGGCGAGAAUACCUGGUCCAUCAGAAUCUACCGUUCACGGCAAGGAAGUGCACGUCGCCAAACAAAAACAAAUACAAAAAGAAAUUGUCGGUGAUACAGAAAUUACUCGGAAAAUUACAUCAACGGAAACAACUGAAGUAGAACAUAAAGCUCAAACAAAAGAGAGAGUGGUCGAGGGGCCCGUUAAACCCUGUACACCUCCAAUAUUUACUAAAAAAAUGCAGCCUUGUCGUGUUUUGGAACACGAACAAGCAAGAUUUGAGGUAGAAUUCGAUGGAGAUCCAUUACCACAAAUAAAGUGGUAUCGCGAAAACUUUCCUAUUAAGAAUUCGCCAGACUUCCAAAUUCAUACUUUCAGCACCAAAUCCGUUCUUAUAAUUAGACAAGUUUUUGUUGAAGAUUCUGCAGUGUUUGCAGCCGUAGCUGAAAAUAGAGGCGGUACUGCCAAAUGCAGUGCUAAUUUAGUCGUGGAAGAACGUAGACGCCAAGGCAGGGGUGGAGUCAUUCCGCCUAGUUUCACCUUGACAGCGCAAAAUGUCAAUGUGACAGCUGGUCAGUUGGUGAGAUUUGAUACCAAAGUUACAGGAACGAAGCCAAUCGACGUAUACUGGUUAAAAAAUGGUAAGAAAGUUCAGCCAGAUAUAAGAAACAAGAUCUUGGAGGAAGACGGCACAUAUACUCUACUUAUUUUAGAAGCUUUUACACAAGAUUCGGGUAAAUAUGAAUGCGUAGCCAUAAAUAGCUCCGGCGAAGCAAGAUGCGAUGCUGAAUGCGUGGUCAAUGCUCCGGCUACUAAAGAUAAACCAAAGCCCCAAACAAAGUCAGCUAAUUCUCCGCCCGAAAUUAUAGAACCACUCAAAGACAAAAUAGUCACUGAAGGACAAGCUAUCGAGUUUGGAUGUAAGAUUGUCGGCAAACCUGUUCCUACUGUGCAAUGGUACAAAGGUGAAAAAUUAAUUAAGCCAUCCAAGUACUUCCAAAUGUCUAGGACUGCAGACGAUUACUCUCUACGCAUAUCUGAAGCUUUUCCUGAAGAUGAGGGUGACUACAAAUGCGUCGCUUAUAACUUAGCUGGCCGUGUGACUGUUGCUGCUAAACUUAAAGUUCUGCAACCAGACCAGGCUGAAAAUUUACCAACUCUUACACCUCUGCGUGAUGUCGUCGUGUACGAGGGCCAACCUGCACAGUUCAAGACUCACAUCACUGGCAAAGCUAAGCCAACCAUCCAGUGGUUACGAGAAGGCGCUCUCAUACCAGAAACUCCUGAUUUCCAAAUGAUACACGAGGGCAAUAACGCAGUGUUGUUGAUCGGCAACACAUACGAAGAGGACACCGGCACGUUCACUUGCCGCGCUACUACCGCCGCGGGCCAGGUCGAGACCUCGGCUAAGCUAGUCGUCAAAAAAUCAAGAAAAGAAGAAACUCGAAAAAUUUGCGAUGAGAAGACAGAGAAUUCAAUCGGUAAAACCACUGAUUCAAUAGAUUUAACAAGCAGAGUUUUACAUCAAUCGACAGAAGAAUCGAAUAUUUUGAAAUUAGGAAAAAUAGUUAAUGUACAAACGCGCCAAGUCCCUUGGAGAAAAAAGGCUCGAGAUCAUUCGACAGAAACAAAAAAAGAGGACGGCUUACAGACUAAACACUGGCGAAAAUCACGCAUUGAAGAUUCGUCUAGAAUUCAAAAAGUAGUAGAAAGCGAGCAAUUAGAAACUGAUUUGAAAAUGAAAAUUGAGCUUGCCAUAGACGAUAAAAUUGAUAUAAAAAAGAAAGACAUAAAGUCUAUUGAAAAUAUUACUAAAGAACAGGUACCGUGGACUCAAGAAGCAAUUAAACUGCGUCCUACAAAGAUCGAAAAAGUAGCCAUUAAAAAAGAUAAAAUAGAAGAUGUUAGCUUAAAACAAGUAAGAAAAAGUUCACUCCAGAAAACUGAAACGCUACUUAUAGAAGAAUCAUUAACAGCUAUCGAAGAUACAGUAAUACUAAAGGUUAAGGAUUCUGAAGAACAAUCCAAAGAAGUGACUUGGCGCACUGAAAAAAGAAAACCCAUAGAAGAAAACUCCAUAGAACAACCGAAAGAAAAAGUAGUUCUUAAGCCUGUUCCAAAACCAAAGAUAUUACAAGACCAACAUUUUGAAGAAGUUCCUCUUAAACCAGUCAUAAAACAGAAACUACAGGAAGAUGAAAAGCUACAAGAGGUUACUUGGCGCACUGGUAAGAGAAAACCUACAGAAGAACAACCUAAAAAGGAGAUAGAACUGAAAACUGUUCGCAAAUAUGAGGAAAUAAGUAAAGAUAAAUCUGAAGAAGUUUAUUUUAAAUCCGUUCAUGAAACAAAAGAAGAUCAAUCUGAAGAUGUAAAAUGGCGAACAGGCAAACGACGUCCUAACGAUGAACAACCUAUUGAAGAAGUGAUUCUUAAACCUAUGUUAAAAAUAAAAACAACUAAAGAUGAAAAGCCACAGAUAGUUCCUCUGAAACUUCCUACUAAAGAAAAACCUCAAGAAGAUGAAGAACCUAAAGAAGUAAAUUGGCGAACUGGCAAACGUCGUCCAUUAGAAGAACAACCUAAAGAAGAAGUAGUUCUAAAACCUGUGCCGAAAACAAAAGCACCUAAAGAGGAAGAACCUAAAGAAGUUAAAUGGCCAACCGGCAAACAACGUCCAAAAGAAGAACAACCUGCUGAAGAAGUGGUACUCAAACCUGUGCCGAAAACAGAGGCAGCCGAGGAAGAAGUACCGGAGGUUGUUAAACUAAAACCCACUGUAAAAGAAAAACCGAAACAAGAUGAAGAACCUAGAGAAGUUAAAUGGCCAACAGGCAAACGGCGACCAAAAGAAGAAAAACCUACUGAAGAAGUGGUACUCAAACCUGUGCCGAAAACAGAGGCAGCCGAGGAAGAAGUACCGGAGGUUGUUAAACUAAAACCCACUGUAAAAGAAAAACCGAAACAAGAUGAAGAACCUAGAGAAGUUAAAUGGCCAACAGGCAAACGGCGACCAAAAGAAGAAAAACCUACUGAAGAAGUGGUACUCAAACCUGUGCCGAAAACAGAGGCAGCCGAGGAAGAAGUACCGGAGGUUGUUAAACUAAAACCCACUGUAAAAGAAAAACCGAAACAAGAUGAAGAACCUAGAGAAGUUAAAUGGCCAACAGGCAAACGGCGACCAAAAGAAGAAAAACCUACUGAAGAAGUGGUACUCAAACCUGUGCCGAAAACAGAGGCAGCCGAGGAAGAAGUACCGGAGGUUGUUAAACUAAAACCCACUGUAAAAGAAAAACCGAAACAAGAUGAAGAACCUAGAGAAGUUAAAUGGCCAACAGGCAAACGGCGACCAAAAGAAGAAAAACCUACUGAAGAAGUGGUACUCAAACCUGUGCCGAAAACAGAGGCAGCCGAGGAAGAAGUACCGGAGGUUGUUAAACUAAAACCCACUGUAAAAGAAAAACCGAAACAAGAUGAAGAACCUAGAGAAGUUAAAUGGCCAACAGGCAAACGGCGACCAAAAGAACAAAAACCUGCUGAAGAAGUGGUACUCAAACCUGUGCCGAAAACAGAGGCAGCCGAGGAAAAAGAAGUUGGACCUAUAAUUAUUCAACCAAUCAAAGCCAUGACCAUUAAUGAAAACGAUGAAUUUGAGCUUGAAGUUACAUUUCAACCGGAAGAAAAUAACAAAAUCACUUGGUUCUGCAAUAACCAAAUACUUAAACAAAGCGACGAUUGCUAUAUGUAUUUUGAAAAUGGAAAAUCCACAUUAAAAAUUAUGAAUACAGAUAAAAAGAAAGUAGGCAAAUAUGAAGUAGUAAUCGAAAAGAAUAAUCUUGUUUCGAAAUCAGCAAGUACUGUUAAAUUAGCAAAGUCAAAAGACGAGGAAAUUAUAAAACCUCCUACUUUUAUUAAAUCUUUAAAACCAAAACAUGUUGAUGUAGGUGAUGUCGUUUUACUUGAAACAGAAGUACAAUCGAAUCCAUGCGCAUCGUUUCAAUGGUUUAUUGGUAAUAAGGACGUUAUUAGUUAUACAAAGGAAAAUAAAAUUCACAAUAUAUAUAUAACAAACAAAAAUAAUAUUUCAUGUUUAUGCAUCGAAAAUAUGACACUAGAUCUGUUUGGAGUAAUGACAUGUAGAGCUGAAAAUUUUGGGGGUUCUGUGUCAUGUUCUGCUUCAGUAAUGAAAAGGGAAAAUAUUGAGGAAUCGUUAGGCAGGCCACCAUCAUUUAUCGUCAGGUUAAAAUCGGCAACGGUGAUGGAUGGAGAUGCAAUCCUAUUAAAUAGCACCGUUACUGGAGAACCAUGCCCUAAAAUUGAUUGGUAUCAUAAUGAAAAAAAGAUUGAGUGGGCUAGAGAUGUAACUUUUGGUCGUCAAGAAUCGGGAUUAUGUGAACUAUGCAUAAAAGAAGCUUUCCCAGAAAUGUCAGGCAAUUACAGUUGCGUAGCUACAAAUGAGCUUGGGUCUUGCAGCUGCGAAUGUUUUGUAACUGUGGAAGCAUAUGAAUACGCGCCUAGUGCAUCUGAAGAGGACGUUUUGAGUGACGAAAAAACAAGUGACUUUGAUGAGUUUGCUCCAAAGAUAAUAAAAGCUUUACCCACGGUCAUUUCGACCGUCGAAGGAGAGCUGACGAGAUUGGAAGCUAAAGCGAUUGGAGUCCCUAAACCUGAAAUAAGAUGGUUGAAACAGGGGGUACAAAUUGAGAGAUCUCAGGAAUAUCAAAUAGAAGAAUUAGACGACGGUACUUCGAUUUUGAUUAUGCCGGAAGUGUACCAAGACGAUACCGGUGAAAUAAAAUUCGAAGCCUAUAACUCGCUAGGAGUUACAUCAACAAUUGCAGCAUUGUCUGUUGAGAGUGUCAUCGGGACCAAAGAUUACAGGAAACCGGAAUGGGUAACGCAUAUGGAGGAAUUACAAGCCGCUCUUAAAGCGAGCCAAUCGGUGCCAGCUUUCAUCCAACAAAUAUUGUCAGAACGAGUAUGCGAAGAGGAGACAGUAACGUUUGAGGCAAUCUAUAGGGGAAACCCAACACCAGAUAUCGUUUGGUAUAAAGAUGACGCUGUUAUAAACACCGAUGACAAUUUCAUUAUAGAAAACAAAGACAAUCGAACAAUUUGCAAAAUAAGAAAAGCUACGAAAAUUUUAGAAGGAACGUAUAAAUGUAAAGCCGUGAGUGACAUUGGUAUGGCAAUAACUAAAGCUAAUUUACAAGUGUUUGAAAAAAAUGAGAAUUUUGAAAAAAAAUCGUCAAAGAAAAUAAAAAUCUUAAAAACGGAAACGUCAAAAAUAGAAAAAGUUAAAAAAGUUACAGAUGAAAUAGUCUCAUCUGGAAGCGAAAUUGAAGUCACAGAGUCUCUUGAAUCGAAGGCAACCACUAAAGAAAAGGCCGAAGUUACAUUUAGUGAGGCUGAUUCUGUAGAAACCGCAGAUGUUGCUACUCUUAAAAAGGUCGAAGGGAAAAGAAUAGUUGAAAAUAAAUUAACGGAAAUAUUAGAACCAGUAAUUUUGCCUCAUGAAUAUUUAAUCUCUUCUCAACAACAAAAUGAGGAAACAGUAAAAACAUUGGAAAAGACAUAUGAAACAUAUAGAGCGGUAUUAAAAACAGUCGAAGAAGAUUUGAAAGUGUCAGCGGAAAUCAAUGAGCUGUUAGAAGUGAUUAAUGCUAAAGAAUUUGGUCCUGGCGAAUCGCCCUUGAGAGAAUUAGCUAAGAUUGGUUAUAUGCUAAAAAGAGGUAUAACUACGCAAGAUAUCGAAUGCUUAUAUGAUUCACAAUACUUUCCUGCACUAAGAGUUCCACAAUCGCAAUCUGCUUUGGUAAAUUUGGUAGAACGCCAAGGUCACGGAGCCCUCAUUACAGAAGUGCUUACAGCAGAAACAACUCAAAAUGAAGAUGUAAUUGCUGCAAAAGUAGGAUUCCGCGCCUUCAUGAAAAUGAUUGAAUUGAAACAUACUGCUGUCGAAGAGGUCAUAGCUCACUUGUAUCCUGAAGACUUUAGGCCUCGUGCCUGGGAAAAGAAAGAAGCCCAUGAGGUAAUCGAACAACCAUCGGCUGAAGAGCUCGCAAAAUCAUCUACGAUAAAAGUAAUGAAAGAUUCGGGUCUUAUUUCUGAUGCAAGUUAUAGAGACGAUGUCAGAGCGAAACGCAAAAAAUACAAAAAACAAACAUUAGGUUCAGAAGAAGUUGUUGAAGAUGAUGAAAUUUUAACAAAACAAUUGAAAAAGUUACACCCAAGACAAAUAGUGGAACAUUUAGAAAUAGAUGAGACAAACAUUUUAGAUGAUGAAAGCUUUGUUUAUUCUUCUGCUAUUACCACAGAUACUUGUGAUAAUAAAAUUGAAAUAAUACCUGCGAGUGAAGUGGCACAUAUAAUAACUGAACAACAAACAGGAAAUGUAGCGAACAUAAGACUCGACGCUAGUUAUCCUGUUGUAAGUAAUAUUCAAAAUGCUCAUUAUAAAGAGGAACCGUUACAAGUCGAUCAAAAGAAUAGUAUAAAAAAUGUAGAAGAAACUUUCAGCGAGUUGGAAUCAUUAGAGAUAACCCAAGUAGAAGCUAUUAACUCCGUUGAUGAGAUUCGAGUAAGCGCUAUAAAGAAUGAUAACACGGCAACUGCAGCUCUCGUUCCUGCAGAAACUAUUGUGACAGCUGAGACACUGUUUAAUAUUUCAGCCGUUGAUAUUAAUAAAGAAGAAAUACAAAAGCAAAAAGCAAAGUCGACAAUAAUUUUACAGGACGCCAUACACGUUACACAUGAUACUAUUUCAAUAAAAGAAGAACCGUUAAAAGACUCAUCAAUAAGUAAAUCAUUUGCUACAAUGUCAGUAUCACCUUUAACUGAACUUAACAUUACCGAAAUAAAUGAAGAAAGUAAAGAACAAGAACUAUUCAGUCAAAAUACUGACAAAGCUGUAAUUUCUAAACCUAACUUUAAUUUAUUGGAAUCUGUUGAAGUUGGAGAAGUUUUUGUUGAAGAUAGAUCGGGUAAAUAUUAUCCGGAAUUAAUUGUACCAACGGAAAUGGCAAAGAAAAAUAUUUUAGUAUCUAAUCAAAUUAUAACUCAAAUUCAUGAUGUUCAAGAAAAAGAGGGAUCCUUAAAUAUUCCUAAGGCACCACUUUUACAAGAAGUGAAUUUAGAUAUUACAUCCAAAGAUAGUAUUGUUGUGUCUAUGAAAGACAUUCAUGAAAAAGAAGGUGUAUUAGAACUUUCUGAAUCUCCAGUAAAAGCAACAGUAGCAAGCGAUAUAGUAUUGCAUUCAAGUUUGAAUAAUUAUAUGACCACACCACAUGUAAAAGAAUCAGAUUUUAAUGCAGAUACUUUUAAUUCUAAAAAGGCUGAAAUAGCUUUUAAUGAGCAUCAACACAAGUUUAACAUCGAAACCAAUAUUAAUGAUUCUGAAAAUGCUUUACAAAUGGACGAAGUUAUCGUUGGGAAUCGGGCACGUGUGACCAUGUCAGUACUAGAUAAAAACACUGUCGAAGAAAUUCGAAUUCAUGAGAGCGAAAAACAUUUUUUUCAAAAAGACGAUAAACAAAUGGUGAUAGCCAAUGUUGAUAUCGAAGCUACUGAAUCUAUAAUCAUGUCAGAAACAAUAGGAAUGUCAUCAAUGACUGAGUUCGAAACUCCAGAUGUAGCAGAUAAUAAAGUAGCUAUGGAAGCUGUUGUUACCGAGAAUGCUAAAAUUAUAAUUUCUCCAUUUAUACACGAUCAAGAAACUUUGCAGUCGUACACCUCUAAGCUUCCCGAAAAUAUUUCAAUGUCUCUGAUUCCUAAUAUACCAAUUUCUGUUUUAGAAACAAGGUUAAAUGAUUCUGAAAAUGAACUGGUAACUGAUAAAGUUCCAGAACUUUUAACCACUAAACCAAUGUCUACUCAUCAACUUAAAACUCCAGUUUCUCUAGAAGUUAACACUGCAGAUCAAUUAGAUUAUUUACAGCCAUUUGAAAGUAGCCCCCAUAGUGCGCAUGAACAAAGAGAUCUACAUAAGGAGUUAAUUGUCCUCCAAACAACAGUUGAAGAGCAAUUGCGGAAGUUGGAUGAUAAUCCAGUAAAUGAAACGCAACCAGUAGCUUCAUUUUUGCCAAAUGAAAGUAUAAACGUUGUCGAGACAAUAUCUAAUUCUAUUGAGGAAGACCUUGUUGUUGAAAACAUUUUUUCAGAUAAGUUUGCUAAAAUAAAUAUUGAUGUUGAUCAUAAAGUUCCCAUAACAUCUGAGGUUAAUUUAAGGGAUUCUUUGAACCAGUUAGAUAAUUUGAAAUUGCCAUGUAAAGAAGCUGAAUUGGUGCAUAAUCUGUUUCAUCCAUUACAUAUCUCCGAAAAUAAAAUCUUAGAUAGUCAAACUUCUUUGGAAAGAAACAUCACACCUGACCUCAAAUUUGUUAAGUCUGAGUUAGUUUCAGUGGAUGAGAGCCUUAGAGUCACAGAAAUAACCCCCAAUGAAAAAGAAGAAUUGUAUGAAAAGGCAAAAUCAUUUGAAUUAACUAGCACAGCUACUUCCGAUAUUGUUAGUAGACCAGUUGCAAUAUCUUCGGAGUUAUAUGAAAAUUUAACUGUAGGUUUUACUGAAGGAGACAAUAUUGUUCCAAAAUAUUCAACAGCUAAUGUAGAAAAUAUUGCUCAUAAAGAGAUAUCUGUGUCUACUACAGAAUCUAUUGAAAAGGAAGGUAUUCUUAAAUAUAAUAAACCAAAAACAGUUGAAGCCUUACCAAAUAUUAAUUCCAACCAAGCACUAAUAAUAAAUGAAACUCAAUCGGAGACUUUUCCGACUUCGUUCAAACCAGAUUCUGUAGUUGGAAUAUCAAUUAUUCCAUCUGCAAUAACCUCGGAAGCUUUAUUGCAACACGAAAUCUUAGUACAUUCUUCAGAAAGUAUUUUAAAGAACCAAGAAAGUUCUAACAAAACAAAAGCUUCUAUAUCUGUUUCAGCGCUAACAGUUCCAGAGCGCGAAGAGAAAGUAACAGCAGACAAAGAGAAGACCCUAUUAAGUCGAAACACCCCGGAAAAACAAAUUGUCACUAUAACAUUAUCCGAGCAACAUGGUUUGGAAACAAUAGAAACUUUAGCCCAAUGCGGUAAUAUUAAAAGAUCGGAUAACUUUGAAUGCCAGAGCAAAACAGCAUUGGUUAAAAUUGACGAUAUUUAUGGUAAAGCUCCAAGUGUGGAAGAAACACUUAUUAUACAAACAACAACGGACAUUACUGAUAAUAUCAAAAAGGCAAAACCGGAAAUUAAAUCAUUAGAACAUUUGAAUUUACAGCAAACAGAAACUAUAGCCGCUGAAAGUGAAACAUUGAUGUCUGAAGAUAAGCUUAUAAAAUUAGUAGCCACUUCAAAUCUAGUAGAAUCACAGGCGGUAAUUGGUAAUGCUAUAGAUGUUAGAGAAAAAGAAACAACAUUCGAUCAGCUAUUUUGCUUACCGAGUCAAGAUGCUUCAGUUGAAUUUACGCAACAUAGUGGGAUUAUACAUACUGAAGUCAUUUUAUCAAACAAUAUAGAGUUUAUUGAAAGUGCUAAAAAACCUGAAAGCAAAAUGUUAAAUACAAAUAUUGAAGAACAGAAAUCAGUUGAUAUUACAGAAAUUUUCCCAACAGAGUCGGAAAUUUAUUUGAAAGAAUCAUCUAAAGCUAAACCCCAUACAUUGCAGCCUACACUAAAUAUAUCAAUAAUUCCAUCUAUUGAGUCUACUGAGACAGUAGUGAAUGAACAAGAAGGUAUGUUACCUUCUUUAGUUGGAACUAAACCACAAACAGCUGAAUAUAAUCUUAUACCGUCACAAUAUGUAGAUAUUUCUGAGGAAAUUGUAGCAGAAAAGGAGAGCAAAUUAAAGUUAAGUAAUAUACCAAUUGCAACUAUUAACGAUAUUAAUUUUGGCUCACACCAUCAUAUAAAUGUAGAAGUUUGUCAGACAUCUGAACACGAAGAACCAAUAAAAAAACUAAAUGACAAAUUUACAAAUAUUAAAGAUUUUAGUUUAGAGUCUGUUAAAGCACUUAAUAUUGGUGAAGUUAAAACAGAGGAAAGAUGUGAAGAUUUAUCCAUUAAUAAAAACAUAAAAGCAGAAAAACCACUAGCCAGUCUUGAAGUGGGUGGUCAUAUCGAUACCACUGAAAUAAUACCAUUCGAAAUCGAAACCAUUUUAUCAACUAAUUUAGAUAAAACGGGAAAAGUUACCCCUAAUUUUGAACAAGCUGCUACGUAUGUCACUGUUCAAGAAAUUGAAUCAAUUGAAAAAGAAGAAAGAUUAGACGUUGAAGUUAAGGGGCGACCUACACAUAUUGCAUCAACAAUUGAAACAAAACCCUCUAUUGAAGUACAUGAAAUAAUACCCGUGGAUUCAGAGUCUAAUAUGCCACAGAAAAAUAUCCCAAAGACAGAAAAUUUGUCAGUCCUGAUGGAGACACAACAUCACGUUACCGUAACAGACACAUUUACAAAAGAAAAAGAAGAAGUUCUUAAAACACAAAUAUUUCCAGAAAGUAAAGAGCAACAACGUACUAUUAAAACAACCCAUCAUAUUAUAACAAGCGAAACUAUAGCUAUUGAAGAUGAACCGGAAAUAGAUGAAUUUUACAAACCUGUGGGUGAGACUGCCGUAAAGUCACACAUUUUAGAAGAAAGCAUAAACAAAGAAGAACAACAAACAUUUGAAAGCAUCGGAUUAGUAACACAGUUGUAUGAGCCACAAACAUUAAAUGCAAAGGAAGAUAUAGCAACUUUUAAAGCUGCAGAACAUGUCGAAGUAUUAAUCCAAGAACAAUCAAUCACGCUAGGUAAAUGUGAAUCAAAAGAAGAGAAAGCAUUACUUACACAAGCACCUAAAAAAGAAAUUAUAACUUUAGAGCCACAGAUUCUGGAGAGUACAAAACAAUUAUCAAAGGAAAACAAUAUCGUGGAAACCUGUCUCGAUUAUGAAAUGGAAGUUCAUAAAAACUAUGUUACACAAGAGAAUUUAGUACAUGAACUUUCUGAAAAUUUUGUUAUUCAUACAAAUGUUCCUAAAAAAGCUGAAAAACAAAUAAUAGAACUAAACAGUUUUGAACAGACAGAAAUAGUAACUGAAGAAAUGUCGAAAGAUUUUAUUAAACCAGAAUCUAUAAAAAAUCAAAAAGCUGACGAAAUUGCUAUUAAUUUCCAAGGUGUAGGCGUUAUUAAACAAGAGCUAUUAGAAAAUAUUAAUGAUCUUAUUAAUACUGUACAGCCGGACUCAAAAAAAGCUUCAGUUGAUUUAAAUUCCCAUUUAAGUUUUACUAUUACCGAAAAUAUUUGUGAAGAACCUGUAACAGAUAUUUCAAAUGAUGAAGUAAAAGCACUUAAACUUACAGAGGAACUUUUAACUGUUAAACCAGUAGAGCAAACUGUAGUUAUUGCCGGUGAAAAUAUCGAAAAUAUUACCACGAAACUUAAGGUGGAACAAAAAUCUAUAACAUCCGAGCCUAUUCAAUACGAACCGUUGAACCAAAUAGAAUUUUUAAUUCAUGAAAAUGAAGUAGAAACAAACUUUGAUAAAAUGUCUCACUUAGAAAAUGCUUCGAUUUCUCUGACACACAUGACACAUUUACAAUGUACUGAAAAUGUAUCUGAGUCUUCUGUUGAUGAUUUGUCGAUACCAGUAGCCAAGACACAUAAUUCGACAAUUAAAACAAACAACAUGUCUCCUCUAAUUAUCACUGAAAAUGUUACUUUACAAAACGAAUCUGACCUACAAAUCACAGAGCCAAUUAAACAAAAACUAAAAACAGUAUUAAAUCUGUCUAAUGAAUUAGAAAUUACUGAUAAAACCUUAGAAGAACACAUAACGCCGUAUAAGGAAGUUACACCUAAAUUACAUGACAGUAAAGUGUCUUUUGUAGAAGAUGACGCAGAAGUUACAACAUUUCAAGAAACAUUUAAAAUAGAUAAAAAACCUCUACACACUCUAUCUCCUAAAUCAUCCGACAUAGAAGAAUCGGAAGAAAUUAUAACGAAAUUUAUGCAAGGUCAAGGAAACGAAGAACCUAUACAAAUCAAAACGAAGCGUACAAUACUAAGAAAAAAACGAAAAUCGAGUGCUAUAUCCGACAUAGAAGGCGACGUCGUUAUAGAAGAAACAAUAGAUGAUGACCUGGACAAACAACAAAAUAUUAAAAAGCGACACGAUGUUAAAAUUGAAGAAUAUCAUGGUGAAGAAAAUUUAAAUGAAAAUUUCACUGAUCACAGUACAGUCGAAUUACCAGACGAUCACGUUAGCUUACCAAAACUGCCAACUCAAGUGUUUAUUGAAGAAAUGUUUGACGAAGAUACGCGUGUUUCUAAAACAUCACGUGAUAUCACCAUACGUAAAACACACGAACUAUUGAAUGACCAACCACUCGAAGAUAUUCUUUUACCAGAAAAGGCGAAGAUAAUUGAAAAAACUCCUGAAGAAGUAAAAUUAACACAAGUAAAAAAUGAAAAGAGCACAGAGCAAACUAUCGAGACUGAAAAACGGUUGAUCAAAAAACAUAAGAAAAAAACACAAGAAAGAACUGAUUCAUUAUUCGUAACAGAACAAACGACGCCGGAGGAAGAAGAAUUCAAACCCGUCGAAAUUAUUGAACUUCCCCAGGAAACAGUCGUUGAGGAUGUUGAAACCCCAGAAGGUAAGUCCAAACAAAAGAAAAUUACAACACGCAUUAUCAAAAAGAAGGUGGGUCCAAAACUGGAAACCACACAAAUCAUAACUGAACAAGAAGAUGACAAAGCACCAGUCACUUCUGUACACAAAACAGAGGAACUCAUUGAUGACACAGUUACACCUUUCGAUGACAUUGUAACAUCAGAAACGGCAAAGGUUAUCGAAGAGGCUCCAGAGCAAGUUAAAGUUACACAAGUUACUACUGAAACUGGUGAAUCGAAGUCUGUUAAGACUACAAAACGUGUGAUUAGGAAGCAGAAAGGUAAAAAGCAGGAAAAAACUGAAAUUACAACUGUCGAAAAAGAAGGCGAGGAACCAGUCACCACAGUGUCCGUAACAGAAGAAACGACACCGGAGGAAGAAGAACUCAAGCCCGUCGAAAUUAUUGAGCUUCCAACGGAAACAGUCGUCGAGGAUGUCGAAACACCAGAAGGUAAGCUCAAACAAAAGAAAAUUACAAACCGCAUUAUCAAAAAGAAGGUAGGUCCAAAACUCGAAACCACACAAAUCAUAACUGAACAAGAAGAUGACAAAGCACCAGUCACUUCUGUACACAAAACAGAGCAACUCAUUGAUGACACAGUUACACCUUUCGAUGACAUUGUAACAUCAGAAACGGCAAAGGUUAUCGAAGAGGCUCCAGAGCAAGUUAAAGUUACACAAGUUACUACUGAAACUGGUGAAUCGAAGUCUGUUAAGACUACAAAACGUGUGAUUAGGAAGCAGAAAGGUAAAAAGCAGGAAAAAACUGAAAUAACAACUGUCGAAAAAGAAGGCGAGGAACCAGUCACAACAGUGUCCGUUACAGAAGAAUCGACACCGGAGGAAGAAGAACUCAAGCCCGUCGAAAUUAUUGAGCUUCCAACGGAAACAGUCGUCGAGGAUGUCGAAACACCAGAAGGUAAGCCCAAACAAAAGAAAAUUACAACACGCAUUAUCAAAAAGAAGGUGGGUCCAAAACUGGAAACCACACAAAUCAUAACUGAACAAGAAGAUGACAAAGCACCAGUCACUUCUGUACACAAAACAGAGGAACUCAUUGAUGACACAGUUACACCUUUCGAUGACAUUGUAACAUCAGAAACGGCAAAGGUUAUCGAAGAGGCUCCAGAGCAAGUUAAAGUUACACAAGUUACUACUGAAACUGGUGAAUCGAAAUCUGUUAAGACUACAAAACGUGUGAUUAGGAAGCAGAAAGGUAAAAAGCAGGAAAAAACUGAAAUAACAACUGUCGAAAAAGAAGGCGAGGAACCAGUCACAACAGUGUCCGUUACAGAAGAAUCGACACCGGAGGAAGAAGAACUCAAGCCCGUCGAAAUUAUUGAGCUUCCAACGGAAACAGUCGUCGAGGAUGUCGAAACACCAGAAGGUAAGCCCAAACAAAAGAAAAUUACAACACGCAUUAUCAAAAAGAAGGUGGGUCCAAAACUGGAAACCACACAAAUCAUAACUGAACAAGAAGAUGACAAAGCACCAGUCACUUCUGUACACAAAACAGAGCAACUCAUUGAUGACACAGUUACACCUUUCGAUGACAUUGUAACAUCAGAAACGGCAAAGGUUAUCGAAGAGGCUCCAGAGCAAGUUAAAGUUACACAAGUUACUACUGAAACUGGCGAAUUGAAGUCUGUUAAGACUACAAAACGUGUGAUUAGGAAGCAGAAAGGUAAAAAGCAGGAAAAAACUGAAAUAACAACUGUCGAAAAUGAAGGCGAGGAACCAGUCACAACAGUGUCCGUUACAGAAGAAUCGACACCGGAGGAAGAAGAACUCAAGCCCGUCGAAAUUAUUGAGCUUCCAGAGGAAACAGUCGUCGAGGAUGUCGAAACACCAGAAGGUAAGCCCAAACAAAAGAAAAUUACAAACCGCAUUAUCAAAAAGAAGGUAGGUCCAAAACUCGAAACCACACAAAUCAUAACUGAACAAGAAGAUGACAAAGCACCAGUCACUUCUGUACACAAAACAGAGGAACUCAUUGAUGACACAGUUACACCUUUCGAUGACAUUUUAACAUCAGAAACGGCAAAGGUUAUCGAAGAGGCUCCAGAGCAAGUUAAAGUUACACAAGUUACUACUGAAACUGGCGAAUUGAAGUCUGUUAAGACUACAAAACGUGUGAUUAGGAAGCAGAAAGGUAAAAAGCAGGAAAAAACUGAAAUAACAACUGUCGAAAAAGAAGGCGAGGAACCAGUCACCACAGUGUCCGUAACAGAAGAAACGACACCGGAGGAAGAAGAACUCAAGCCCGUCGAAAUUAUUGAGCUUCCAGAGGAAACAGUCGUCGAGGAUGUCGAAACACCAGAAGGUAAGCCCAAACAAAAGAAAAUUACAAACCGCAUUAUCAAAAAGAAGGUAGGUCCAAAACUCGAAACCACACAAAUCAUAACUGAACAAGAAGAUGACAAAGCACCAGUCACUUCUGUACACAAAACAGAGGAACUCAUUGAUGACACAGUUACACCUUUCGAUGACAUUUUAACAUCAGAAACGGCAAAGGUUAUCGAAGAGGCUCCAGAGCAAGUUAAAGUUACACAAGUUACUACUGAAACUGGCGAAUUGAAGUCUGUUAAGACUACAAAACGUGUGAUUAGGAAGCAGAAAGGUAAAAAGCAGGAAAAAACUGAAAUAACAACUGUCGAAAAAGAAGGCGAGGAACCAGUCACCACAGUGUCCGUAACAGAAGAAACGACACCGGAGGAAGAAGAACUCAAGCCCGUCGAAAUUAUUGAGCUUCCAGAGGAAACAGUCGUCGAGGAUGUCGAAACACCAGAAGGUAAGCCCAAACAAAAGAAAAUUACAAACCGCAUUAUCAAAAAGAAGGUGGGUCCAAAACUCGAAACCACACAAAUCAUAACUGAACAAGAAGAUGACAAAGCACCAGUCACUUCUGUACACAAAACAGAGGAACUCAUUGAUGACACAGUUACACCUUUCGAUGACAUUUUAACAUCAGAAACGGCAAAGGUUAUCGAAGAGGCUCCAGAGCAAGUUAAAGUUACACAAGUUACUACUGAAACUGGUGAAUCGAAAUCUGUUAAGACUACAAAACGUGUGAUUAGGAAGCAGAAAGGUAAAAAGCAGGAAAAAACUGAAAUAACAACUGUCGAAAAAGAAGGCGAGGAACCAGUCACAACAGUGUCCGUUACAGAAGAAUCGACACCGGAGGAAGAAGAAUUCAAACCCGUCGAAAUUAUUGAACUUCCCCAGGAAACAGUCGUUGAGGAUGUUGAAACCCCAGAAGGUAAGUCCAAACAAAAGAAAAUUACAACACGCAUUAUCAAAAAGAAGGUGGGUCCAAAACUGGAAACCACACAAAUCAUAACUGAACAAGAAGAUGACAAAGCACCAGUCACUUCUGUACACAAAACAGAGGAACUCAUUGAUGACACAGUUACACCUUUCGAUGACAUUGUAACAUCAGAAACGGCAAAGGUUAUCGAAGAGGCUCCAGAGCAAGUUAAAGUUACACAAGUUACUACUGAAACUGGUGAAUCGAAGUCUGUUAAGACUACAAAACGUGUGAUUAGGAAGCAGAAAGGUAAAAAGCAGGAAAAAACUGAAAUUACAACUGUCGAAAAAGAAGGCGAGGAACCAGUCACCACAGUGUCCGUAACAGAAGAAACGACACCGGAGGAAGAAGAACUCAAGCCCGUCGAAAUUAUUGAGCUUCCAACGGAAACAGUCGUCGAGGAUGUCGAAACACCAGAAGGUAAGCCCAAACAAAAGAAAAUUACAACACGCAUUAUCAAAAAGAAGGUGGGUCCAAAACUCGAAACCACACAAAUCAUAACUGAACAAGAAGAUGACAAAGCACCAGUCACUUCUGUACACAAAACAGAGGAACUCAUUGAUGACACAGUUACACCUUUCGAUGACAUUGUAACAUCAGAAACGGCAAAGGUUAUCGAAGAGGCUCCAGAGCAAGUUAAAGUUACACAAGUUACUACUGAAACUGGUGAAUCGAAAUCUGUUAAGACUACAAAACGUGUGAUUAGGAAGCAGAAAGGUAAAAAGCAGGAAAAAACUGAAAUAACAACUGUCGAAAAAGAAGGCGAGGAACCAGUCACAACAGUGUCCGUUACAGAAGAAUCGACACCGGAGGAAGAAGAACUCAAGCCCGUCGAAAUUAUUGAGCUUCCAACGGAAACAGUCGUCGAGGAUGUCGAAACACCAGAAGGUAAGCCCAAACAAAAGAAAAUUACAACACGCAUUAUCAAAAAGAAGGUGGGUCCAAAACUGGAAACCACACAAAUCAUAACUGAACAAGAAGAUGACAAAGCACCAGUCACUUCUGUACACAAAACAGAGGAACUCAUUGAUGACACAGUUACACCUUUCGAUGACAUUGUAACAUCAGAAACGGCAAAGGUUAUCGAAGAGGCUCCAGAGCAAGUUAAAGUUACACAAGUUACUACUGAAACUGGUGAAUCGAAGUCUGUUAAGACUACAAAACGUGUGAUUAGGAAGCAGAAAGGUAAAAAGCAGGAAAAAACUGAAAUAACAACUGUCGAAAAAGAAGGCGAGGAACCAGUCACAACAGUGUCCGUUACAGAAGAAUCGACACCGGAGGAAGAAGAACUCAAGCCCGUCGAAAUUAUUGAGCUUCCAACGGAAACAGUCGUCGAGGAUGUCGAAACACCAGAAGGUAAGCCCAAACAAAAGAAAAUUACAACACGCAUUAUCAAAAAGAAGGUGGGUCCAAAACUCGAAACCACACAAAUCAUAACUGAACAAGAAGAUGACAAAGCACCAGUCACUUCUGUACACAAAACAGAGGAACUCAUUGAUGACACAGUUACACCUUUCGAUGACAUUGUAACAUCAGAAACGGCAAAGGUUAUCGAAGAGGCUCCAGAGCAAGUUAAAGUUACACAAGUUACUACUGAAACUGGUGAAUCGAAGUCUGUUAAGACUACAAAACGUGUGAUUAGGAAGCAGAAAGGUAAAAAGCAGGAAAAAACUGAAAUAACAACUGUCGAAAAAGAAGGCGAGGAACCAGUCACAACAGUGUCCGUUACAGAAGAAUCGACACCGGAGGAAGAAGAACUCAAGCCCGUCGAAAUUAUUGAGCUUCCAACGGAAACAGUCGUCGAGGAUGUCGAAACACCAGAAGGUAAGCCCAAACAAAAGAAAAUUACAACACGCAUUAUCAAAAAGAAGGUGGGUCCAAAACUCGAAACCACACAAAUCAUAACUGAACAAGAAGAUGACAAAGCACCAGUCACUUCUGUACACAAAACAGAGGAACUCAUUGAUGACACAGUUACACCUUUCGAUGACAUUGUAACAUCAGAAACGGCAAAGGUUAUCGAAGAGGCUCCAGAGCAAGUUAAAGUUACACAAGUUACUACUGAAACUGGUGAAUCGAAAUCUGUUAAGACUACAAAACGUGUGAUUAGGAAGCAGAAAGGUAAAAAGCAGGAAAAAACUGAAAUAACAACUGUCGAAAAAGAAGGCGAGGAACCAGUCACAACAGUGUCCGUUACAGAAGAAUCGACACCGGAGGAAGAAGAACUCAAGCCCGUCGAAAUUAUUGAGCUUCCAACGGAAACAGUCGUCGAGGAUGUCGAAACACCAGAAGGUAAGCCCAAACAAAAGAAAAUUACAACACGCAUUAUCAAAAAGAAGGUGGGUCCAAAACUGGAAACCACACAAAUCAUAACUGAACAAGAAGAUGACAAAGCACCAGUCACUUCUGUACACAAAACAGAGGAACUCAUUGAUGACACAGUUACACCUUUCGAUGACAUUGUAACAUCAGAAACGGCAAAGGUUAUCGAAGAGGCUCCAGAGCAAGUUAAAGUUACACAAGUUACUACUGAAACUGGUGAAUCGAAGUCUGUUAAGACUACAAAACGUGUGAUUAGGAAGCAGAAAGGUAAAAAGCAGGAAAAAACUGAAAUAACAACUGUCGAAAAUGAAGGCGAGGAACCAGUCACAACAGUGUCCGUUACAGAAGAAUCGACACCGGAGGAAGAAGAACUCAAGCCCGUCGAAAUUAUUGAGCUUCCAGAGGAAACAGUCGUCGAGGAUGUCGAAACACCAGAAGGUAAGCCCAAACAAAAGAAAAUUACAAACCGCAUUAUCAAAAAGAAGGUAGGUCCAAAACUCGAAACCACACAAAUCAUAACUGAACAAGAAGAUGACAAAGCACCAGUCACUUCUGUACACAAAACAGAGGAACUCAUUGAUGACACAGUUACACCUUUCGAUGACAUUUUAACAUCAGAAACGGCAAAGGUUAUCGAAGAGGCUCCAGAGCAAGUUAAAGUUACACAAGUUACUACUGAAACUGGCGAAUUGAAGUCUGUUAAGACUACAAAACGUGUGAUUAGGAAGCAGAAAGGUAAAAAGCAGGAAAAAACUGAAAUAACAACUGUCGAAAAAGAAGGCGAGGAACCAGUCACCACAGUGUCCGUAACAGAAGAAACGACACCGGAGGAAGAAGAACUCAAGCCCGUCGAAAUUAUUGAGCUUCCAGAGGAAACAGUCGUCGAGGAUGUCGAAACACCAGAAGGUAAGCCCAAACAAAAGAAAAUUACAAACCGCAUUAUCAAAAAGAAGGUAGGUCCAAAACUCGAAACCACACAAAUCAUAACUGAACAAGAAGAUGACAAAGCACCAGUCACUUCUGUACACAAAACAGAGGAACUCAUUGAUGACACAGUUACACCUUUCGAUGACAUUUUAACAUCAGAAACGGCAAAGGUUAUCGAAGAGGCUCCGGAGCAAGUUAAAGUUACACAAGUUACUACUGAAACUGGCGAAUUGAAGUCUGUUAAGACUACAAAACGUGUGAUUAGGAAGCAGAAAGGUAAAAAGCAGGAAAAAACUGAAAUAACAACUGUCGAAAAAGAAGGCGAGGAACCAGUCACCACAGUGUCCGUAACAGAAGAAACGACACCGGAGGAAGAAGAACUCAAGCCCGUCGAAAUUAUUGAGCUUCCAGAGGAAACAGUCGUCGAGGAUGUCGAAACACCAGAAGGUAAGCCCAAACAAAAGAAAAUUACAAACCGCAUUAUCAAAAAGAAGGUAGGUCCAAAACUCGAAACCACACAAAUCAUAACUGAACAAGAAGAUGACAAAGCACCAGUCACUUCUGUACACAAAACAGAGGAACUCAUUGAUGACACAGUUACACCUUUCGAUGACAUUUUAACAUCAGAAACGGCAAAGGUUAUCGAAGAGGCUCCAGAGCAAGUUAAAGUUACACAAGUUACUACUGAAACUGGCGAAUUGAAGUCUGUUAAGACUACAAAACGUGUGAUUAGGAAGCAGAAAGGUAAAAAGCAGGAAAAAACUGAAAUAACAACUGUCGAAAAAGAAGGCGAGGAACCAGUCACCACAGUGUCCGUAACAGAAGAAACGACACCGGAGGAAGAAGAACUCAAGCCCGUCGAAAUUAUUGAGCUUCCAGAGGAAACAGUCGUCGAGGAUGUCGAAACACCAGAAGGUAAGCCCAAACAAAAGAAAAUUACAAACCGCAUUAUCAAAAAGAAGGUAGGUCCAAAACUCGAAACCACACAAAUCAUAACUGAACAAGAAGAUGACAAAGCACCAGUCACUUCUGUACACAAAACAGAGGAACUCAUUGAUGACACAGUUACACCUUUCGAUGACAUUUUAACAUCAGAAACGGCAAAGGUUAUCGAAGAGGCUCCAGAGCAAGUUAAAGUUACACAAGUUACUACUGAAACUGGCGAAUUGAAGUCUGUUAAGACUACAAAACGUGUGAUUAGGAAGCAGAAAGGUAAAAAGCAGGAAAAAACUGAAAUAACAACUGUCGAAAAAGAAGGCGAGGAACCAGUCACCACAGUGUCCGUAACAGAAGAAACGACACCGGAGGAAGAAGAACUCAAGACCGUCGAAAUUAUUGAGCUUCCAGAGGAAACAGUCGUCGAGGAUGUCGAAACGCCAGAAGGUAAGCCCAAACAAAAGAAAAUUACAAACCGCAUUAUCAAAAAGAAGGUGGGUCCAAAACUCGAAACCACACAAAUCAUAACUGAACAAGAAGAUGACAAAGCACCAGUCACUUCUGUACACAAAACAGAGGAACUCAUUGAUGACACAGUUACACCUUUCGAUGACAUUUUAACAUCAGAAACGGCAAAGGUUAUCGAAGAGGCUCCAGUGCAAGUUGAAGUUACACUAGUUAGUACUGAAACUGGCGAAUCGAAGUCUGUUAAUACUACAAAACGUGUGAUUAGGAAGCAAAAAGGUAAAAAACAGGAAAAAACUGAAAUAACAACUGUCGAAAAAGAAGGCGAGGAACCAGUCACCACAGUGUCCGUAACAGAAGAAACGACACCGGAGGAAGAAGAACUCAAGCCCGUCGAAAUUAUUGAGCUUCCAGAGGAAACAGUCGUCGAGGAUGUCGAAACACCAGAAGGUAAGCCCAAACAAAAGAAAAUUACAAAACGCAUUAUCAAAAAGAAGGUAGGUCCAAAACUCGAAACCACACAAAUCAUAACUGAACAAGAAGACGAUAAAACACCAGUCACUUGUGUACACAAAACAGAGGAACUCAUUGACGACACACUCUCACCUCUCGUGGACCUACUCACACCCGAAAAGGCAAAGGUUAAAGAAGAGGCUCCCGAAGAGGUAAAAGUAACCGAAGUCGUUUCUAAAAUAGGCGAUAAAAAGACAGUGAAAACAACAAAGCGCGUGAUCAAAAAACAGAAGGGUCCAAAACAGGAAGUAACUGAGAUAACGACUGUCGAAAAGGAAGGAGAAGAACCAGUCACAACUGUCACCGUAACGGAAGAAAAGUCACCAGAGGAAGAAGAUACACAAACGCCAGAAAUCGUCGAACUUCCUGAAGAAUCGACUAUAGAAGAAAUCAAAUCACCCGAUGGUAAGUCGAAACAAAAGAAAGUCACAAAACGUACUAUUAAAAAUAAGGUAGGUCCUAGGGUCGAUACUACACACAUCACGACUACACAUGAAGAUGACCAAGCACCCGUCGUUUCUGUACACACUACACAAGAAUUCCUAGACGAUACACUAACCACAUUUGACGAUUUACACAAACUAGUUCAUGCACAAGUUCUCGAGGAGGCUCCCGAGGAGGUCAAAGUUACUCAAACUGUUACGGAACAGGGUGACACGAAACUUGUAAAAACAACGAAGCGCGUUAUUAAAAAGCCUAAGGGCUUGAAACAAGAAGUGACCGAAAUAAUCACUAUCGAAAAUGAAGGAGAAGAGCCUGUGACAACCGUUACCGUAACGGAAGAAAAGUCACCAUGGGAAGAAGACACACAAACGCCAGAAAUCGUCGAACUUCCGGAAGAAACGGUCGUUGAAAAUAUUGAAUCGCCUGAAGGUAAGCCUAAACAAAAGAAAGUCACGAAACGCGUUAUAAAAAAGAAGGUCGGUCCGAAACUCGAAAUCACACAAAUUGUAACUGAACAAGAAGACGAUAAAACACCAGUCACUUUUGUACACAAAACAGAGGAACUCAUUAACGACACACUCACACCUCUCGUGGACCUACUCACUCCCGAAAAGGCAAAGGUUAUAGAAGAGGCUCCCGAAGAGGUAAAAGUAACCGAAGUCGUUUCUAAAAUAGGCGAUAAAAAGACAGUGAAAACAACAAAGCGCGUGAUCAAAAAACAGAAGGGUCCGAAACAGGAAGUAACUGAGAUAACGACUGUCGAAAAGGAAGGAGAAGAACCAGUCACAACUGUCACCGUAACGGAAGAAAAUUCACCAGAGGAAGAAGAUACACAAACGCCAGAAAUCGUCGAACUUCCUGAAGAAUCGACUAUCGAAGAAAUAAAAUCACCCGAUGGUAAGUCGAAACAAAAGAAAAUCACAAAACGUACUAUUAAAAAGAAGGUAGGUCCGAAACUCGAAACCACACAAAUUGUAACUGAACAAGAAGACGAUAAAACACCAGUCACUUUUGUACACAAAACAGAGGAACUCAUUGACGACACACUCACACCUCUCGUGGACCUACUCACACCCGAAAAGGCAAAGGUUAUAGAAGAGGCUCCCGAAGAGGUAAAAGUAACCGAAGUCGAUUCUAAAAUAGGCGAUAAAAAGACAGUGAAAACAACAAAGCGCGUGAUCAAAAAACAGAAGGGUCCAAAACAGAAAGUAACUGAGAUAACGACUGUCGAAAAGGAAGGAGAAGAACCAGUCACAACUGUCACCGUAACGGAAGAAAAUUCACUAGAGGAAGAAGAUACACAAACGCCAGAAAUCGUCGAACUUCCUGAAGAAUCGACUAUCGAAGAAAUCAAAUCACCCGAUGGUAAGUCGAAACAAAAGAAAAUCACAAAACGUACUAUUAAAAAGAAGGUAGGUCCUAGGGUCGACACUACACACAUCACGACUACACAUGAAGAUGACAAAGCACCCGUCGUCUCUGUACACACUACACAAGAAUUCCUAGACGAUACACUAACUACAUUUGACGAUUUACACAAACCAGUUCAUGCACAAGUUCUCGAGGAGGCUCCCGAGGAGGUCAAAGUUACUCAAACUGUUACGGAACAGGGUGACACGAAACUUGUUAAAACAACGAAGCGCGUUAUUAAAAAGCCUAAGGGCUUGAAACAAGAAGUGACCGAAAUAACCACUAUCGAAAAUGAAGGAGAAGAGCCUGUGACAACCGUUACCGUAACGGAAGAAAAGUCACCAUGGGAAGAAGACACACAAACGCCAGAAAUCGUCGAACUUCCGGAAGAAACGGUCGUUGAAAAUAUUGAAUCGCCUGAAGGUAAGCCUAAACAAAAGAAAAUCACGAAACGCGUUAUAAAAAAGAAGGUAGGUCCUAGGGUCGACACUACACACAUCACGACUUCACAUGAAGAUGACAAAGCACCCGUCGUCUCUGUACACACUACACAAGAAUUCCUAGACGAUACACUAACCACAUUUGACGAUUUAUACAAACCAGUUCAUGCACAAGUUAUCGAGGAGGCUCCCGAGGAGGUCAAAGUUACUCAAACUGUUACGGAACAGGGUGACACGAAACUUGUAAAAACAACGAAGCGCGUUAUUAAAAAGCCUAAGGGCUUGAAACAAGAAGUGACCGAAAUAACCACUAUCGAAAAUGAAGGAGAAGAGCCUGUGACAACCGUUACCGUAACGGAAGAAAAGUCACCAUGGGAAGAAAACACUCAAACGCCAGAAAUCGUCGAACUUCCGGAAGAAACGGUCGUUGAAAAUAUUGAAUCGCCUGAAGGUAAGCCUAAACAAAAGAAAAUCACGAAACGCGUUAUCAAAAAGAAGGUAGGUCCGAAACUCGAAACCACACAAAUUGUAACUGAACAAGAAGACGAUAAAACACCAGUCACUUUUGUACACAAAACAGAGGAACUCAUUGACGACACACUCACACCUCUCGUAGACCUACUCACACCCGAAAAGGCAAAGGUUAUAGAAGAGGCUCCCGAAGAGGUAAAAGUAACCGAAGUCGUUUCUAAAAUAGGCGAUAAAAAGACAGUGAAAACAACAAAGCGCGUGAUCAAAAAACAGAAGGGUCCGAAACAGGAAGUAACUGAGAUAACGACUGUCGAAAAGGAAGGAGAAGAACCAGUCACAACUGUCACCGUAACGGAAGAAAAUUCACCAGAGGAAGAAGAUACACAAACGCCAGAAAUCGUCGAACUUCCUGAAGAAUCGACUAUCGAAGAAAUCAAAUCACCCGAUGAAAUAGGACAUCUAAACAAUCUUCAAGAAUCGACGAUCAUCUUACCUAAACAAGAAGUAGAUGAAAUUAGAGAAGGAAGACCACAACCAAUUGAUAAAAUAAAAACGAACAAACUUCUAAAACCACAAAAAAUGGAACAUGGCUCUGUUAAAAUAAGUGCUGCUCAGUUUGCAGAAGAAGUAGUGCAACCCCAAUUUUCUAAGCUUAAACUAAAGAAAUCAACAAUUAAACCAAAACAAGAACCAACAGUCACAACGUUGCCAAAAGUUCAAUUAAAAAGCCGUAUAAAAUUGUUUACUGACUGGCCGCCGAAGGAUAUCAAACCUAUUAUUACAUUUUUGGGAAGUGUAAAACAAAACGGUGAACUAUCAAGAAAUAUUAAAGAAGCAUCAAAAAUAAAAAAGAAACCUGUUAAAAUAUCAGCACUUCCAGAAUUAGAAAGACCGGUUUUAGAAAAACCAGAAGAUUUUAGCUGUGAACUUGUGAAACAACCUUUGGAAGUACCACAAGAUAUUGAUAAAAAAAUUAAUGAAGAAGACUUGAUUGAAAAUGUUAAAAAAGAAACAGUUUUGCAUAUAAAACCUGACAAAAUUCAGGUACAAGAAGAUGUAACUUUAAUAAAGAAAAAACCGAAACUGAAACCUAUGCCAAUAGAAGAAAUACAAUUUAAUCAACCUCAGUUUGCAGAGCCACAGUUUAAAAACCUUAAGUUAAAAAAAGGUGUUGCCAAAACAAAGCCAGAAAGUUUAGUUGUAAAAAUACCAAAAAUUCAACUUAAAAGUCGCAUAAGAUAUGUAACGGAAUGGCCUCCUUCAAUAAUAAUACCCAGCAUAACACUUUUAAGUGCCAUUAGACAAAAUGGAGUUCUUUCUAGGAACAUAAAAGAGGCUGCUGCAGUUAAGAAAAAGGUAUUAAAACAACCGAAGCUCCCAGACAGUCAUAAAACGGAGUUAGAAAAACCAAUGUUCACACAUGAAGACAUUAUAGAAAGAACAAAACCUGAAGAACAGCCAAUCAAAGUUGUCGAAGAACAUAUCGAUUAUGACGUAAUAGAAGAACCAAGUAAAAUAGAAAAAAAGAUUAUCGAGGAUGAAGAAAAAGAACAUAAAGAUAUUAUUGAAGAGGAACCUCAGCACGUAACGAUAAAACCUCGGCGUGCGAGUGUAAAAACAAUUGAAGAAUUUGCUGAUGAAGUAACUAUAAAAAAGAAAUUAAAGCCAGUUCGAAAGUCAUCUGUAACACUCCCAGAAAUAACUGAACCAGAAGAAGUUACUUUUAGACCUAAAACAAUAAAAACUAAAGAAGAUGUCGAGCAAGAAUUUAAUAUACAAUUAGAUUCUUAUCUUGAAGAAGAAAUAUCAAUGUCAAGUAAAGUUAAAUUAAAACCACAGAGGCAACCAACAUUUAACGAAGAAGCUAAUGAAGCUUCCAUAAAGUAUUAUAAAGAAAAUGAUGAUGAAGUAGAUAUAGUUGAAAUAAUCGAUAAUGAAGAAAAAGACGAAAGUUCUAAUGUCACAAUGCCAUUGAAAAAGGCGGCAAUUAAAAAGAUGUCAGUGGAAUAUAUGGAUGAUGUAGCAGAAAAUAUUUCUUUACCCAAGAAAACAAUAUUAGACAAGAAAACCGAAUUCAUUGAAAAUGUUACAUUUGAAUUGGGCAAAAAAGAGGACUAUGUGAUUGAUAAUCAAGAAAUUUCUUUUGAUAUUAAACAGCAAUUAGACGAAUUCAAGCAAGAAGAACUGUCACUUUCCAGUAAUAUAAAACUGAUACCUAAGAAAAAAGUCACUGUAACUGAAGAAGCAGAUGAAACAUCAAUACAACUACUUAAAGAAAUCGAAGAUGAUAGCCAAGCAGAGGAAGUAAUUAUUAGUGAAGGUGAAUCAGAAGAAAAUGUUGAAAUGAUAUUUAGGAGACAACCUAAAAAAUCAACAUACGAAGUUAGUGAAGUAGAAGAACAAAGUAUUGAAUUAAAACCGAAAAAAGUCAGCAACAAAAUAUUUGAAGAAGAAGAACUUACAAUAUCAGCUAAGCGGAAACCAAAGAAAACAGGACCGGUUCAAGAAGCAGAAGCAUCAAUGAGUAUAGCAAAGGAACAAGAAUUUCCCGAAACUCCAAUUAAUGUUCGAUGCGGCGAUACAGUAUUCGCUGUUUACUCUUAUGUGGCAGAGACAGACGAGGCCAUAAAUCUCGUAGAGGGUGAAAGAUUAUACAUACUAGAAACUACAAAUCAAGACUGGUGGUAUGUUCGGAAACAUCUCACUGAAGAAAAGGGUUGGGUGCCAGCGCAGUACUUAAUGGAUGAAUCAAAUUAUACCUUGUAUCUUCAAAAAAAAUUGAAUGAGAAAAUUGAUAAAUUGCCUGUUUUUGAAAAACCUACUUCCGAGGAACGAGCUAUCGCCCCGAUAUUUGUUGAAAAGCUGCGCCCAAAACAUACACCAGACGGGGCGACCGUGCAGUUUGAAUGUCAAGUCGAAGGAUUUCCUAGACCUCAAAUAACGUGGUUUAGACAAACAGCCAUAAUAAAACCAUCCCAAGAUUUUCAGAUGUAUUAUGACGACGAUAACGUAGCUACGCUAGUGAUCAGGGAAGUAUUUCCAGAGGACGCGGGAACAUUUACUUGUGUAGCUAAGAAUGCAGCCGGAUUUGCUUCGAGCACUACUGAGUUAAUAGUUGAGGCACCAUUAUCAGAUCAUGGAUCAGAAAUGACCAUUCUUUCCAGAAAAAGUUUAUCUAGAGAAUCGUCAUUAGCGGAUAUAUUGGAAGGCAUUCCUCCGACAUUUUCAAAACGACCGAAGGCUCAAUACGUUGACGAAGGCUCACAAAUUUACUUAGAGUGUAGGCUAGUCGCCAUUCCCGAGCCUGACAUCACUUGGUUCUUUAAAGGAGAAGAAAUAAUGCCAAAUGAUAAUAUUUCCAUAGCUACAGAAUCUGAUAUGCACAUGUAUUGUAGUGUUCUGAAGAUAUCAAAUGUUAAAAAAUAUCAAGAAGGCACAUACACAGUUCUUGCUAUCAACAGAGAAGGUGAAGCCAGCUUACCGAUAGUUCUCAAAAUUAAAACUGGUGAAAAAGAAAAACCACAAGUUAUAGAACCUCUCAAGAGUAUGACUAUAAGAGAAGGAGAAAGCGUCGUCUUAACGACACAAGUAGUUGGAACUCCGGAACCAAAAGUAUCAUGGUAUAAAAAUAAUAAGCCUAUUAAAACACUCACACAAAAAACUGAUGGAGAUAUUCACUCGAUAUCUAUCAUAAAGCCGAAGAAAGGUAAAGAUGACGGUUUAUAUACUCUUAAGGCGAUAAACUCUGAAGGAUCUACUGAUACCAGCGCUGUAAUAACCAUUGAAGAAUCAACCGAAGAAAACGAGGAACCACCUCUCUUUAUCAACAGAUUCCAAGAAUUAACAGUGAGAGAAAAAGGAACGAUCAUAUUAAACGCAAAGGUCACAGGUAAUCCUAUACCAUUAGUAACAUGGUACAGAAACAAUCAAAUCCUUACUCCCAAUGAAACUGUCACUCAGAACUUUGAUGGUGAAAAUAUUGAACUUGUCAUUACAAAUGUCGAUUCAGAAAUAGAUUCCGGUGACUACAAAUGUGUUGCCGCAAACACUGCCGGUAAGGCAUCUCACGGAGCUCGCGUCACGAUAGAUGUGGAUAAGGUGACGUUUGUCAGAAAUCUUAAAAAACAAUAUGAGAUACAAGAGGGAAAAACAGUUAUACUAGAAUGUGAAACGUCUCACACUGUUUCAACAAAGUGGUAUCACAACGACAAAGAACUGAGUGGAAUGGAUCACAGGGAAAUUGUACAAGAGAGUCGUAUACAUAAAUUGAGGAUAAAGAGAUCAAAAUUGUCCGACAGUGGAAUAAUCAGGUGCGUAGUUAAGGGACAAGAAACAAGCACAAACCUCAUCGUCAAUGAAACGUUACCAGAGUUCAUUCGUAAAUUACAAGACUUCGAAGUUAAAGAGCGGGACAUUGCCAUACUGGAAGUUGAAAUCAACUCGGAAACAGCCGAUGUAGUUUGGGAAAAAGAUGGUAAAACGAUUAAAACUAAAAAACACAAAUACGAUCUUGAAAAGCGUGGUAAUGUCAGGAAAUUGUUUAUUAGAAAUACAUCUGUUCACGAUGAAGGUGAAUAUACUUGCCGAUUGCGCGAUGAUGCGUGUACUGCCGAAGUGACCGUAGUAGAGUUGCCCCCGGAGAUAAUCAAACGACUUCGUGAUCAGAAGGUUAACAGGGGUAACAAAGCUACGUUCGACAUCGAGCUCACAAAAGGUGAUGCGCUCGUCAGAUGGUUUAAAAACGGUGCAGAGUUACAGUUCUCGAAUCAUAUUCAACUCACGAUAGACGGAAAAAAACAAAAAUUAAAAAUAUACGAUAGUGAGAAAAGUGAUGAAGGCGAAUAUACUUGCGAAGUUGGAAAUGACAAGUGCACGGCUAAACUCUUAGUUGAAGAACCAUCAGUUGACUUUACGUUAAGACUUCCCGAAGUAAUUGUAAUACCAGCUAACACUGAUGCGUACUUGACAGUCGAAGUACCCGAGGAUAGUCUUACGGUAACUUGGUUCAGAAGGAAGACCACGCUAGAGGAUUCGGAGAAGUUUACGCUAAUAACGGAUGACAAGAAACGUACACUCAUAAUAAGGCAGUGCACGGAGGAUGACCAAUGCGAAUACUCGUGUCAAUUACUGGACACCAGGUGCACCACUAAACUAAAAGUAGAAGUGAUUGAGUUUAUGCCAAAGAUUUUGGACUACGAAAAGAUAUAUAGGGUGAAAAGAGGCAGUGAUGUGACACUGUAUGUUCAAUAUGAAGCUAACCCUCAGCCUAACGAUGAAUGGGUAGUCAAUUCGAAAAUUAUUAAAAAGUCGAAGCACACGAAACCCUUUAUAGACUCCACGACAGCAAGUCUUACUAUCAAGAAAAUAGAACACUCAGACGCUGGGUUAUACAAACUAAGGCUUGAAAACAAUUGCGGCAUGACAGAAAUUGAUAUUGAAGUAAUUGUUUUGGAUAUAUCUUCACCCCCGGGGCAACCUCGGAUCUUAGGAGUGGAUGACAACUCAGUUAGCAUCUUUUGGUCGGAACCUAGUGACAAAGGUUUUUCCGAGAUUGAGUGUUACAUCGUCGAAUAUCAGGAGCAAAAUACAAUGGAGUGGUUGUCGGUAGAAAAUAUUCAAAAGACUCAAUAUUGCGUCAAGAACCUUAAAACGAAGUCAGCGUACAAAUUCAGAGUUUUCGCUAUAAACGAAGUGGGCGUAAGUGCAUCAUCCGAAACGACUGAGUACGUUCGCGUCGAGAAAGAAACGGAAAAUCAGCCUCCAACCGUGAAGAAAUCGUUAAUAGACGUGGUAGGUGAACCUGGUGAUGACGUCGAACUUACUUGCAUAUUCGGAGGUCUUCCAGAACCAAAGGUCACAUGGUACAAAAACGGGAAACAGUUAAAAACAGCCAAAGCCACUUACGUUAACAGAGUCGCGACAUUAGUUGUUACGGCUGCUAAGACAACCGAAGGCUUAUACAAGUGCGUUGCGACUAACGAUUACGGUGACAUAGACACGACUUGCUCGUUAGAAGUACGAAAGAAACCGACUGUGGUCGUGGCCAACGAAGAAGUCGAUCAGAAACAUGCAGUUGAUGAGCGCUGGUCGGUGACAGCAGUCAUCGAGGGCAUACCGAGGCCUGUGGUCGAGUGGUAUAGGAAUGGGUCCAGAGUGGACGUUACAAAGGAUGUCGAGAUUAUAACGACAGAUAGUUCUAGCCAGAUCAGAAUAUCGACUCUGAAAAGGUCCCACUCCGGGAAAUAUACGGUAGAAGCUGUGAAUACGGCUGGGUCUGCAUCUGUAGAAACCAUUCUUAAAGUUUACGACAAACCGAGCAAACCAGAAGGUCCCGUGAUAAUGAGAGAAAUAAGUCGAGAGUCUGUCACGAUAGAAUGGAAGCCUCCGCUUGACGACGGUGGUCUGGACUUGAUUAAGUAUGCUAUAGAGAAGCUCGAACCCGAGUUAGACCAGUGGGUCAGAGUGGCGGACGUCGACAAGAACAUAGAAACGUACUGCAUUCAGCGGUUGAAUGAGAACUGCGAAUACAUGUUCCGAGUAAUGGCGCAGAACCCGAUAGGAGUGUCUGAUGCCUUGGAGAGUGAGCCUAUCGUAAUUAAAAACGCUCUAGAUGUGCCGUCGCCGCCAAUCGGUCCGCUCGGGUUUUAUGGUAUCGAUAAUGAUUCUGUCACCAUCACGUGGUACCCUCCCGAGAGGAACGGUGGAUCGGCCGUUUUAGAUUACUCCAUUGAAAUCAAGCAAGAAGGCAAGAAGUGGAAGUAUGUGGCCACAUCAGUAGUGACUUCCGCCAAAAUCAGCAAGUUGUUUGCCAACACUACGUACUCGUUUAGAAUAUGCGCAAGGAACGAAAUUGGCACGAGCUUUCCAUACGAAUCUGAUGAGAAGAUUACUAUCGGAAAGACUUUGUCGCCUCCGUCACCGCCGCAGCGUGUUGUUAUACGAGAGACGACCUCGCGUUCCGUCACGCUGCAGUGGGCAGCACCGGAGAGCGACGGUGGCAGCGUCGUUACCAAUUACAUUAUCGAAUACAAGACCGUGAAGGGUAAAUCUUGGUCUAAAGUGGUGACGGUGAUGGGAACAGUCUUCGAGCGCUGCAUAGAGAACAUUAAAGAGAAAGACGAACUACUGUUUCGCAUAUCAGCCGAGAACGUGGUGGGAGUUAGUCUGCCUACCGAAUCUGAGACCGUUCGCCUGGAGAAGUAUGCGACGGUUCCGUCCCCCCCCACCGGCCCUCUAGAGAUCCGGAUGAUGGGCAACAUCGUAAUGACGUCAUGGGGAACCCCCGAGUGGGAUGGCGGCGCCCCUCUGCUGGGCUACCAUAUCGCCAUCCGCGACGUCACUAAGACCAUGUGGAUGGAAGUCGGCAAAGUGGAUGUCCACAGCCUCAAGUUCAAUAUAAAGGACCUCAGCGAAAACCACACGUACAUGAUCAGGAUAUACGCGAGGAAUGAGAUCGGCCUCAGUGAGCCGCUCGAGUCUGUCGAACCCUUCAAAGUGAUACCCUGCGAAGAUUCUCAAGUGGACGAGGAGCCCGGUGAGCAGACGGAGGCCACAGAACCGACCUCCUUCAGCACGCAGACCACGACCUCCUGGCUCCGAGAGCACAACAUGGACGCCGACAUACGGUCCUACGCGCGAGGCUCUCUCCUCCGCCGAGACGAAUACUUCUUCAGGAUAUGGCAUUACGCUAAACAACUCUUCAAAUGAUGAAGCCAUUUUUGACAUUUACUUACCGCAGAGCCUAACUCUUAUUAACGAGCACUAAAGUAAUCGCUUCCUCAUUACUCCCAAAGCGGUGGAGAUGAUGACGUCACGCUUACUCUACUGCUGGACUGGCACUGCUCGCCUGUGAUAUUACAUGUCUCAUAGUACGCGGAUAGACUAUUUAUUGUUCACAAUCGUUUUAUGUAUAGCCGAUAUUAAUUAUUUAAGAUAAUUUAUGCAAGUCUGAUUGGGGUGCGACGGGUCAGUCGGGAGACGUCAAUAUAGGUGCAUAUACGAGACCCGCGCCAUUCAUCAGGCUCCAUUUAUACUUCAAAUACUUUAUAAUAAAAUAACAAUUAAUAUUA